AUGUCAUUCCUGAUAGAUACGGGAGCACAGCUUAGUGUUGUUCCACCAUCACCCAACUUCACUAAGACUAACUCUUCGGUCACCUUACGCGCCGCUAACGGCACGAACAUCAAGACUUUUGAGCCUGUCAAGCACAGCACUGCACACAGGAUUCGAACUACCGAACAGCCUGUCUAUUCUAAACCUCGCCGUCUUGCGCCGGGCAAAUACAAGAUUGCCCGGACCGAGUUCCAACACAUGCUCGACCUAGGGAUUAUUCGCCCCUCCUCGAGUCCAUAUGCCUCACCGCUUCACAUGGUCACUAAGGCCCAGCAGGGCGCCUGGAGGCCGUGUGGCGACUAUAGACGUCUUAAUUCACAAACAGUACCCGAUAAGUACCCAGUUCCCAAUUUGACCGACUUUGCUGUUACCUUACAGGGAGCAUCUGUCUUCACCAAACUGGAUCUGCGCAAAGCCUUUCACCAGCUCCCAGUCGCUGACGAAGAUAUUCCAAAAACUGCGAUUACCACGCCGUUUGGUUUAUUUGAAUUUCUGCGUAUGCCUUUUGGACUGUGCAACGCAGCUCAAUCAUUCCAACGCCUUAUAGAUGAGACUAACCACGGCCGAUCGACCUUCUCUACCGAUCGCCUAAAACCUGCAUGUAUUGAACGCGAUGGAUCAACCAAUCGACCUACGAGCCCUUCGCUAGACAGCCCUCAGCUUUCGUCAACAGCAUCUACUAGGACUGCUAGCGGACGUACCGUCCACUGGUCUAAGAAAUUCAGAACUUUCAUUACACAUUGA